GCCGGGCAGAGUGUUUCCUCACGGUUUUCGUGUGCUGAGAAACCGGUGCAGAGGUGGGAUGCUUCCAGACAGCAGGGGAUAAAGCCCGCAGAGACUUAAAGGUGAGUUGGCAACAAUUGCUGCAGAACCCAGCAGCUGUCUGAUCACCCUAAAACAAACCCUGAGAAUGAUGAAGACCAGGAUAUAGAAUGAUGCGAAACGCUAUUCUUUGGUGGAGCAGCUUAUAUGUCACACUGAUGUUUGUCUUCUGCCCGUGUGCAUCAGCUGGAAAGCAAUGUCAUAUCCAAAAUGAAAUGGCUGACUGCAGUCACCUAAAGCUGACUCAAAUUCCCUCUGAUCUUCCGACCAAUAUAACGAGUUUGGACAUUUCUCAUAAUCAGCUAAGACAGCUAGGUCCUGCAAAUCUGACCAAGUACAGCCAGCUGGUUUACUUGAAUGCAGGCUACAACAUCAUCUCUAAACUGCAACCAGAAUUGUGCCAAAAUGUGCCCCUGUUGCAGAUUCUGAAGUUAGAACAUAAUGAAUUGCAUAAACUCCCUGACAGAGUCUUUGCUUCCUGUACCAACCUGACUGAGCUCAGUCUAGGAUACAACACACUAAAUAUAAAAAAUGAUCCUUUCAAAACUCUGAAGAACUUGAAUAUUUUGGACCUAUCUCAUAAUUCUUUGAAGUCAGCCAAUUUAGGAUUGGAGCAACAGUUGGAGAAACUCCAUGAGCUCAUGUUGGGUAGCAACCAAAUCACCGAGUUGAAAAAAGAAGACUUCAGUUUUCUUAGCAACACCUCAUUGAAUAGUCUUGAUUUGUCAUCAAAUCCGCUAAAAGAGUUUCAUACGGGAUGUUUCCAUACAAUUGGAAAUCUGUUUGGCCUCAUACUGAACAAUGUUGAACUUGGUGAAAAUCGCACAAAGAAACUUUGCACAGAAUUAUCUAACACAGCGAUUCGAAACCUCUCACUGAGCCAAGUGAAACUUUCCUACAUUGGCAAGUCAACUUUCCAGGGACUGCAAGGAACAAAUCUUACAAUUUUAAACAUUUCCCAAAAUUCUCUCUCUAUCAUUGAAGAUGACUCAUUUCAGUGGCUUUCAAGUUUACAAUAUUUAAACCUGAAGCUUAAUAAUUUUCAUGUAUCUCCACGUUUAUUUUAUGGAUUAUCCAGUCUUAAACAUUUGAAUCUUAUAAACUCACUUACAGGGAAAAUUGAAGAUUUUUCUUUUCAUUGGCUAUACCACCUGGAGUACCUUAUAAUGGAUAACAACAAUUUUCCAGGAAUUACUGCUAAUAUGUUCACAGGUCUGAACAACCUGAAAUAUCUGAGUCUCUGCAACUGCAACAUAAACUUACAAAGAAUAACUAAUAAAACAUUUUCAUCACUUGCUAAUUCUAGCUUACAGGUUCUCAACCUCACAAAAACCAGAAUCUCAACAAUAGAAAGUGGGGCAUUUUCUUCCCUGGGACACCUGAAAAUUCUUCAUCUUGGUCUCAAUGAAAUUAAUCAACAGCUUACAGGUUAUGAGUUUAAAGGUCUCAAUAAUAUACAAGAUAUUUAUCUUUCCUAUAAUAAAAACUUGACUUUGCAAAGUGAAUCGUUCAUUUUUGUCCCAAGCCUUAGAAAACUGAUGCUGAGGAAGGUAGGCUGCAAUAAUCUGGCACUUUCUCCUUCACCUUUCCAUCCUCUACGAAACCUGACUGUCCUGGACAUCAGCAAUAACAACAUAGCAAACAUAAAAGAGGACUUGUUUGAUGGACUUGACAAACUUGACAUCCUGGAUUUGCAGCACAAUAAUUUAGCCCGGCUUUGGAAACAUGCAAAUCCAGGUGGCCCUGUUCUUUUUUUAAAAGGUCUUCCCAAUUUGCGAGUUCUUAAUUUAAAAUCAAAUGGGCUUGACGAAAUUCCAGUUCAGGUUUUCAAGGGUCUGUUUCAAUUAAAACUUUUGGAUUUAGGAUCGAAUAAUUUGAAUUUGCUUCCAGCCACUCUCUUUGAUGACCAAGUCUCUCUGAAUUCAUUGAACCUUCAGAAAAAUCUGAUAACUUCAGUCGAAGAAAAAGUGUUUGGCCCACCUUUCAGGAACUUGAGAAAACUAGAGAUGGAUUCCAAUCCCUUUGAUUGUACCUGUGAAAGCAUUGCUUGGUUUGCUGAUUGGCUUAAUGAGACUCAAGUAGAUAUACCUGGACUGAGGUCCCAGUACAUUUGCAACACCCCACCUAAAUAUCAUGGUAGUCUGGUUUUGUAUUUUGAUAGUUCAGCCUGCAAAGACAGUGCUCCAUUUAAACUUCUUUUUGUGAUCUCUGCCACCAUUGUGACACUACUUAUUUUUAUUGUCCUUACCAUCCAUUUUGAAGGGUGGAGAAUAACUUUCUUCUGGAAUAUUUUAGUUAAUCGAAUGCUUGGUUUUAAAGAAUUUGAGAGACAACAGGAACAGUAUUAUUAUGAUGCCUAUGUUAUUCAUGCAAGAGAGGACAAGAAUUGGGUGUCUAAAAAUUUCAUGUCUCUGGAAAAAAUUAACCACUUUGAAAUUAAGUUUUGUUUAGAAGAACGAGACUUUGAAGCUGGUGUAUCUGAAUUUGAAGCCACAAUUAACAGCAUAAAAAUGAGCAGGAAGAUUAUUUUUGUUGUAACUGAACACCUCUUACAGGAUCCCUGGUGUAAAAAUUUCAAGGUGUAUCAUGCUCUUCAGCAAGCUGUUGAACUAAGUCGGAACUCCAUCAUACUGAUCUUUCUUGAUGAUAUCCAAGAUUACAAGUUGUAUCAUGCACUUCACCUGAGAAGAGGAAUGUUUAGAUCUCGCUGCAUCUUGAACUGGCCAGCCCAGAGAGAACGAGUCAGUGCAUUUCAUCAGCAAUUAGUGAUGGCACUUAAAUCUAAAAGUAAAGUGCGCUAAUUUUUGAACUACAGAUUUGAAUUAUAGGGUCAUUUUAUUGUACAUUUUCUACCACUGGAAAACUAGCAAGACCUUCAUGAAGAUCUGAAAAAAUUUGUCAUGCUGUAAAUAUAUGUAAGAGUCACUAUAAUUUAAAUUUAUUUGUUUAUAUUCAUGUUUUUGUUGAUCUUUUAAUUCAGUUGCACUGAAGUGAUGUUAAAAGGGAUCAUGGUGGAUAGUCAUUUCAAUCAGUGUAUUAAAAAUGUGGUAGAAAUUCUGAAAAGCAGUGAGAAUCACUGAUGUUCUAGGAAAUGAUGUAGGGUAGAAAAGACAUAGACUCUCUAAGGGGAUAUACAAAAGAAAAUGCAUUAAUGAUAAAACAGCAAAAUCUUUGUAGAAAGUAGAAUGGACACUAAUUCUUGCUUUUGAAGCAUGGGGGAUUCAGUGCCUUGAACUGGAAAGCUUUCCUUGUGAAACACAGUAAGUUAACACAGAAAAUUACUUCUCUAAUUCAAACCAAGAAAUAUAGCAGCUUUAAAGUGACUUUUAUAACCUCUGUGAUUAUGACUUCUGGGGUAGCUAAUACUGGUUGGUACCGAAAGUGACUUUCAGGCUGAUGAGUCAACUGAUUUAACAAAUUUGGUAUCAGGAAAUUUUUUUUUUUUUUUUUUUUUUUUCUCUUCUCUAGUGAAAUUCGGAGAGCUGGCAGGACAUUAAUACUGAGAGAUGUCACCUUGAUUCUUAGAGUGCACACAAAACUCUGUGCAGGCCUGUACACAGAACUUGAAAUCAAUAUGAAGCAUGGCCAAGGCACAGCUCUUGCUAUGUGAAAUGAAUAAAAGGCACAGGUAUUUUUAUAAUAUAACCAGAUUAUAUAAUCUCUGUUUGUGGAGAAAGUGGUGCUGCUGCAAUUUCAUUACCAAAAAUUUUGUUACUGGUGAAACAACAACAACAAAAACAAAGAAAUAGUUUUAAAUAGUAUCAGAAACAUUAUUGUUAGAGGUAGACUGGGAAAAAAUUCAAAACUAGAUUAAUUUCAAUUUUUUAAUUUCAUUUUAUACACAGUUUUUCCUUUUACAGCCAGAAGUAAAACUGUAAAGAAAUCAGAUAGAAUUCUGUAGUUUAGUAUCUUGCACAUUAAUCUAGUUUGAUUUUUUCCUGAACAGAUUUUACAGCAAGGUGGGCUAGAUGGCAAUUGCUAGGGUAUUAAGGUUCAAACAUAUGGGCUGGCAGCUUGAUCUGGAGAGAGAGCUGAGACUGGGCAAAAGGUACUUUACAAGGGUGUUUUUAAUGUUUAACACUGGCUAAAAUGUUACGGUGAGUCUGAGCACAAGUUAUUGUAAAUUCGACACAAGGCAGUCCUUUGUAUAUUGUUGUUAAUAUUUAAUUGCUGCUUCAAGGACCUUUUAAAACUUUGUCAGCUUUUAGCAGAUUCUUCCAUAGCUCAGAAAUAUUUUUAAAUUGCUUUUUUUCCCUCCAGCCUUUCACUCAUCAACUUCAAUACCACUAUUGCUACAAUAAUGCUGUUUUACUGCUUUAGAAAACAGUUCUAUAUUUAACAUUUUAAACAGCUUUUCUCAUUAUUUGCAAUAUGUAUAGAUGAAAAACAUUGAGUUUUAAUAGGUAUCCUAUGUUCCAUGAUGAUAAAAACCUAAACAAGAUAAAUAAUUAGUAAAAUAAGAUUUUUCAUGCACUAGAAUAGUGAAGGGGGUGCAGAUGUCUUCACUUGGUUGGGAAGUCCUGAGUGAAAACAGGCUUUGUUUACAGGUGAAGUGAUAGAUGAUGAUUCCCUAAUUACAGUAAUACCAUUGUCUGCAUUGUCAUGCUUUCAUCUCAUCUUUCUGGCCUAUUCAGGUGAAAUGACAAAUUCUUUCUUCAUGCUUAGGCAAUGAAAGUUGAGGAGACAAGUUGGUAACUAACAUGUGACAGGAUUCCUAUCCUAAAUCUGCAAUGACACAUAGCAGCAGAAUUUCUCUUUCCACAUCAGUAUAAAUUGUUUAGAAAAUGCUAGUAGUUCACUGUAAUGGUUUAAAUUUAAUAAAACUGGGCAGAAACACCAAUUAAUGUAGGGGUUUUAGUAUUUGUUCUCUUUUUGUGGGAGGGAGAGAUUAGGAGAAAAAAACAAAACAGGCUUAAGCUUAAAAAUGAACAAAAAAAUAGUUUUAUUAACAUACACUAAAAGAAUGAAAAGAAAAAAAUGGAGAAAAAGAAAACAAACUAAAGCAGAAUGACACUUUAAAACACACUUCUCUCCUUUUACAAACUAUUAACUUUCUUAUUGAACAACAUAGAAAGACACAACUUAAGAUUUUCAGUCAGUUUCACCACUUAGACGUAACUAUUCAUUACUCUAGGAGAAGAGUCUUUCUAAGAUCUUUUAUGAAGACGUUUGUUACAAGCCAAAUAGUCCAGUGCUCUUAAUGAUGUUCUAUCAGCAAAGCUUUUCAGUGUAUUUGAGGUACUAUUUAUGAAUACUUCUUCUAGUCUAAAAUCAUCUUUGUCUCAAAGGCUGAGACCUCCAUUUAACCGAGGAGCAGGGGCUUUAAAGUUCCUAAAUAAAUCUCAAGUACAUCAGUCCUUAAUUUUGAUUAGAAUAGCAUUCUACCUAACGACACUAAGAUGCUGCAAAGAACAGUUCAUUUCUCCAUAAUUUACCCUAGAAAAGUCGGUUAAAAAUGUCCACUUCUUCAAUCCUAUUCCAAUAUUAUUAGUUCUUUCACAUCUAAUCUAACUGACUUUAUGUGGUGUCUUCUAUGUACCCUUUGUUUUUCCUUCUUUCUUUCAAGGAAGAACUGUGCUUUAAAAGUUUAAUGUUGCUAGUAAAGGGUUAAAUCCGCUCGGGCUUGCAAAAGGCCACAUGCAAGUGCCGAGCUGAAGAAACUGCAAAGCUGUGCUGAUGGAGGAAGCUGGUAGAUGUCCUUUUUUCCACCCCUCGGUCUCAUCCAGGGUGGCUCAGCUCAGAGUUGUUAUGGAGCUGCAGGCUUGCUUUCUCUGCUGCCAGAGGUGAUUAAGCUGGGCCACGUUCUGCCACAGUCUGAGCACGUGGUCAGUCAGCACUGUCGAACUGCAGCCGAUUUCUUCCCUGCCAGCAAGCAAGGGAAAGGGCUUUGCGGGCCCAGACCCUCUCUGUGAGGGCAGCGGCUUUCAGGGGCCCAGCCGGGCCCGGCCCAGCCGCCCAAAAGGGCAGCAAGGCCCGAUCUGCAGCUGGCCCGGCCGCCUCCGAUGUUACCUCACGGCAGAUCCCCGAAGCGAGAGAGAGGGACAGAUUAGCAGCAGAUUAGUUAUAAAUAUCCCUUCCAAAAUCGCAUUGACAUUUCCCAUUGGUCAACUUAGCUGUCAAUAUCUCAGCCAGCUUUUUGAUAGGUCCCUGUCCUCCCCCCGCCUCGUCCCCCACCCACUCUACGGUCAGGGCUGGGAAAAACAUUUUAUAUUUCUCUAUAACCAGAAAACAAAAUUGUGCCAACCCAUGAUAAUAUAGAUAUUAAAAAUGGCAUAAAGAUGAAGAAAAUGCAUGGAGAAAUGCUGCGGUGAAAUGUGAUACAAGAGGUCAGACUAGAAGAUCAAAGGGUCUUUUCUGACCGUUAGAGCCUGACAAAUGACAGCAUGUCUAAAUUCCUAAAGAUUUUUCUAGUUACUGCAAAAGCUGACAAAAUUGGUUUCAGAACAGUGAAAAUAAUGAUUGCUUAGUUUUGUCAUACAGCUAGAAAUACAAACAAGAAGUACUUGAGGAUGACUGAAAAAUCCUUUUAAAUUAUUAAAAUAUGAUGAAUACAUUCUAAACAGUUAUUUUAGUACCUAGAUUCAGUUUAAAAUAAUUUACCACAAUAAAAGACAUUAUAAAGGUUGACAAUGAGAACAAGAAUACUGUAUUAAAGAAAAGACACAAAAGUAAUAAAUCAAAGGGCCAUUUGUAUUGAAAUCACCAGUUGUACCAGAUCUAAAAUUUUCUUAUAAAUUUUCCCUGUUUGUCUGAAAGUUACCUACU